CACCUGGUUUAUUGUUUAAUACAAAUAAAUAAAACAUCUAUAUUCAUGAUUUAGAACAACAGGAAACAAAUAGGUGCUGAUUUGACUAGCUAAAUACCAUUUUUUUUCAACACUUGAUCCAGCUCUUGCUUUUCUGCCUACUGACAGGUGGCGCCGUUAUGCCAUCUCUAGUCGCAUAGAAACGGCAGCUUCACAUAAGUGGAUGAACCUCGUCGUCUCUGCUCGACAGCCAUCGGAGUAGGGGACACAAAAUCCUCAGCCAACAACUAGCUAGCAAAUGGGAAUAUUGCCCUGGUGACAACCUUUCAUGUGUUUUUGUCACCCUGUGCAUUCGUGACCAAGAGACGGACCUGAAAACCCCUGUCGGUUACAGCAUGAACUCUACGCCUAAUGGUGGAGCAGCACCCCCCUAUCAGAAUGGUCCAGUAGGACAGACCUACCCAUCCACAUAUCCUCCGGGGUACUAUGGAGCAGGGCCUCAACAGCAGGGCUACCCAACCAUUUCUGGACACUGUGCCCCUGCCCUCAACAAAUCUCCCAUUACGAACAAUGACCACAGUGCUUACUACCACCACAACAGCCACCAGCAGCCUAUUGCUGCACCUACUGUAGCCCCCUCUGCAUACAGAGUAACUCAAGGCUCCCAUCCUCCCUCUCAGCCCUAUGGCACCCUUCCCACCUCAGUUGCCCCUCCAAACCCCCAACAGGCACCUCCAUUCCAACAACCAUCCCCCUACGCACUGCAUGGGGCCUACCAUGGACAGCAGCAGUACCUCCCCUCCCAAGCGCUAAUCUAUCCCCAGCAGCUUAACUUGGUGUCAGCGACCCCCAGCAGCCAAGGCACUCCCAUGUACCCCAUUGUCUCGUACCCCUCUGCACCAGGAAGCAGCCAAUACGGCACUUUGCGUUCCUCCCAGGCUCCCACCGGCCCAGGAGCCAUUUCCAACCUGAUAGGCGCUCCCCUCCACCAGUAUCCCCCAGGAAAUGGCACCAGUCACCCAGCAUCUACUGCAGCGGUUCCCUCUGGGCAUAGCAUGGCUCCACCCGGCCAACCAGCCACAGUCAACGGCCAGGGUAAUGCAGUCCAAGCCCCAGUCCUCCAGCACUAUGACCAAAGCCACCAGGCAGCCAUGGCACAUGACCACUACGGAGUCACACACAACACCGGGGGUGCUGACGAUGAUAGACCACCUUCAGGAACCCCUUUCACUUCCUCCCCGGGUCAUCAGCAAGGCAUGCACUACGGAUAUGUAGCCAAUAGUGGCGCUAGCUCUGCCAACGCCUCCACCAACGCUGCCCCCUUGUCAUCCAGCUCCGAUGAGGAUGUUGAUGAGGAGGAGGAUGAGGAAGCAGGUGGUGAUAGUUCCUCAACUACCACUGGCAGUGCGUCCCCGGUGCCCAACAGCUACGACUCCCUGGAAGGCGGCAGCUACCCAGAGUCCUCCAUUCCCCCCUCUGCCGACAUGACCAAACAAGCCCCGCCCUUUGGCUAUGGCUACCCCAGCAUGCAGCCAGCUUAUCAGCAGAGGCCAUCCCCCAGGACAGACUCCUCCCCCUCACACGGCAGGUACAACCAAACUGGCUACCAGCAUUUGUCACAGCCCUUCCCUAACAUGUCCCAGCUGUCUGCGGCCCUGGGGGGGCUGAGUGGUGUGCCAGAGCUGGAGGUGGAGGCGCUGCGGCCCGUCAACCUGCUGCAGGAGAGGAACCUUCUGCCCCACCGGCCCUUGGAUGCCCCCGAACCCAACCUCAACGCUGACCUCAAGAAGGCCAACUGCAGCCCGGACACAUUCAGGUGUACCCUGACCAACAUCCCACAGACCCAGGCCCUGCUGAAUAAAGCCCGGCUGCCCCUGGGCCUCCUCCUGCACCCCUUCAGAGACCUCGCACAACUCCCAGUGAUCACGUCCAGCACCAUAGUGAGAUGUCGCUCCUGUCGUACCUACAUUAACCCCUUCGUCUCCUUCCUGGACCAGAGGAGAUGGAAAUGCAGCCUCUGCUACAGGGUCAACGAUGUUCCCGAUGAGUUCAUGUACAAUCCCGUGACCCGCUCGUAUGGAGAGCCCCACAAGAGGCCAGAGGUGCAGAACUCCACUGUGGAGUUCAUAGCCUCUUCAGAUUACAUGCUGCGGCCCCCUCAGCCUGCAGUGUACCUGUUUGUGCUGGAUGUGUCUCACAACGCGGUGGAUGCAGGCUACCUGGACGUCUUCUGUCAGACCUUACUGGAGAACCUGGACAAGAUGCCGGGGGACACGCGUACCCGAGUGGGCUUCAUCACCUUCAACAGCACCAUCCACUUCUACAACCUCCACGAGAGCCUCUCGCAGCCCCAGAUGCUGGUGGUCUCCGACAUUGACGAUAUCUUCAUUCCAACCCACGACAGUCUACUGGUGAACCUGAAGGAAAGCAGAGCGCUGGUGAGGGUCCUGUUGACCUCCCUACCUGGGAUGUUUAGCCAGACCAGGGAGACCCACAGUGCCCUGGGCCCGGCACUGCAAGCUGCCUACAAGCUCAUGUCCUCCACAGGGGGCCGCGUCUCCGUGUUCCAGACCCAGCUACCCACGCUGGGCGCCGGCCUGCUGCAGUCCCGGGAGGACCCUAACCAGAGGUCCAGCACCAAGGGGGUCCAACACCUGGGCCCAGCCACAGACUUCUACAAGAAGCUGGCCCUGGACUGUUCUGGUCAGCAGAUAGGAGUGGACCUCUUCCUCCUCAGCUCCCAGUACUCUGACCUGGCCUCACUAGCGUGUGUGUCUAAAUACUCAGCGGGUAGUAUCUUCUACUACCCCUCGUUGCACCAUGUUCACAACCCGGCCCAGCUGGACAAGUUCCAGAAAGAUCUGGAGCGCUACCUCACCAGGAAGAUCGGCUUCGAAGCUGUCAUGAGGAUACGCUGCACCAAAGGCUUGUCCAUCCACACAUUCCAUGGGAACUUCUUUGUGCGCUCAACGGACCUGCUGUCCCUGGCCAAUGUCAACCCAGACUCGGGCUUCGCUGUGCAGAUGUCUAUAGAGGAGAGCAUGGCCGACACCUCACUGGCCUGCUUCCAGGCUGCGCUGCUGUACACCUCCAGCAAAGGGAAGAGGAGGAUCAGGGUCCAUACUCUGUGUCUGCCAGUGGUAAGCCAGCUGAGUGAUGUAUAUGCCGGGGCUGACGUUCAGGCCAUCACCUGCCUCCUAGCCAACAUGGCCAUUGACCGGUCGAUAUCGUCAAGCCUGUCGGACGCCCGGGAUGCCCUGGUGAAUGCGGUGGUGGACUCCCUGAGUGCGUACAAGAACACAGUCUCGAAUCUGCAGCAGUCUGGCCUCAUCGCCCCUGCAGCCCUCUGUCUCUUCCCCCUCUACGUGCUGGCAUUACUCAAACAGAAAGCACUGCGCACAGGGACCAGCACAAAGCUGGACGAGCGCGUCUUCGCCAUGUGCGAGUUCAAGAGCCAGCCGCUGCAGCAGAUCAUGCGCACGGUCCACCCCGACCUCUACCGCCUGGACACCAUUUCAGACGAGGGGGCGCUCCACCUGAACGACUGCAUAGUGCCCCAGCCCCAUCUGCUGCACCUUACAGCUGAGAAGCUGACCAGAGAAGGCGCUUUCCUCAUGGACUGUGGCAGUGUGUUUUACUUGUGGAUUGGUAAAUGCUGUAAUGAUAUGUUCAUUCGAGACGUGCUGGGCUGCCCAAACCAUGCUUCAAUACCCCCUAACAUGACCCAAAUUCCUGAGCUGGAAACCCCUCUGUCUGAACGACUGCGCGCACUCCUCGCCUGGCUACAGGACUCGCGAACCUUCAGCUCAACACUUCACGUCCUGAAGGAUGAUGCUUCAGCUAAGACCAGCUUUUUCCAGCACUUGGUAGAGGACAGGUCAGAAUCGGCCUUCUCCUACUACGAGUUCCUGCUCCACAUCCAGCAACAGAUGACCAAGUAGAACACACAGAGUAGAAGGCCCUUUGGGCCUUGUGUAGAAAAAAACAGUGAACGUGGCACAUGGUAAACAGGAAGUUCCCUCAGACUUACCGUAGAGGGGACAACACAACCAACCCAACCCCACCCACCCUAGUGGUCCGGUCAACCACGGCCCAUGACCCGGGGGAGGCAGGUGGAAGGACCAGAAAGAAAAUCAAAAAUCAGAGUGACAAAGUGAAGAUGACUUCUGGAGUUGAAGUGAAGUAAUAGGCCGUUGGACUCACAGAUCAAGUGGUGUGCUCUGAACGGGCUGCUUCUUCAACCAGCUCGCUCCCUUUAACCUUUCCCCUAUCGUCUCUCAGACGCUGUCGUAGCUCCACGUAGCAUCUCCAAGGGAAAGCCAAAGAUGCUACUUCCUCAUCUGAUUAAGUUGACCCUUCUCUGAUACGCCUCCGCAUGCUGUGGUAUGAUCCACAUUUUUAAAAGUUUUUUUAUUGCCAUACAUCCUCCACAUCCUCCUCCCAUUUCCUCACUCUUAUCUUCAAACACAUUUGACAUAAGAGUACAGCAUCCCCCCUCUUUGUUUUCAGUGUGUUCUGGAGCUACCUCUGUUACCAUUGUGUUUGCUGCUGCUAGUUGGGUAAUUGGCCACCCUCUGCUUAACAGGAUGCUAGUCAACAGUGGUUGAAUACCCCUCUACACCUCGACUCCUCUCCCAGCUGUUCAAAUCCUGUGUCGUCAGAUGAAACUGAAACCUUUGUAAACUGCCGCCCUCUUGUUUUUUUUGAUCCGCUACCAGACGUUGCUAUCCACUUUGUAACUAUUGAAAAUAAUAUUUUAUGUGCGAUAAUUUAUAAUUUACCAGCUUAUUAAAUAAAAUGAAACAGUA